UACUCCCGGAUAUCUCUUUUCAAGAUGGCUGUAAAUCGAGCUGUAGCUGGCGAGCUGAAUAGAGCUAGAUUCUUUGUAAGAGGUCUACCUUGGUCCACAUGUGAAGAAUCUUUAAAAUCUUUUUUCUCUCGUUAUGGAAACGUAAAAAAAGCAACAGUCAUUUUCGACAAAAAUAGUGGUUUAUCGAAACAAUAUGGAUUUGUUGAAAUGAAAACUGUUGAAGAGGCGGAGAGAAUCAUUGCGAUGAAAAGUUUUUAUCUCACAAAGGGAAGAAGAGUUGAAGUAGCCGAGGCUAUGCAUAAAAAAUACGAUACUGAUACAAGAUUUGAUCUUUAUUGACUGUUACCCGAACCAUAGUGGCAUUCACUCUUGAGUAAUAUUGAAAAUCAAAUAUUAUUGAGAAUUAUUGUAUAAUAUUAAUAAUAUUAUUAAUAAUGAUUGAUAACUUAAUCAUUGUUAAUCAAUCUAUCGAUUUUCC